AUGGGAAAGACCGGAAUUCGUACUGUUGGCAAGGUGAGCCGCGACAAGCCAGCAACAGAACAGACAAACAUCCAUAACAGAUGGCAUCCUGAUAUUCCAUUCGCCGGCUCUAUCAAGGAUGGAGAAACGGUAAAGAUCGAAUGCCUUGACUGGACAGGAGGUCAAAUUGGAAAUAACGACAGCGCAGAUGAUAUCCGCAAUGUUGAUCUGACCAGGGUUCAUUACCUUACAGGCCCUUUUGAGGUCGAAGGUGCCCAGCCGGGCGAUAUCCUGCUAGUUGAAAUCAUGGACGUCCAGCCGUUCCAAGACCAGCCGUGGGGGUUCACUGGCAUCUUCCACAAGGACAACGGGGGAGGGUUCCUCGACGAGAUCUACCCGUCGGCCGCGAAGGCGAUAUGGGACUUCGAAGGCAUCUUCGCGACGUCGCGCCACAUCCCGCACGUCAAGUUCGCGGGCAUCAUUCACCCGGGCAUCCUCGGCUGCGCGCCUUCGGCCGAGGUCCUGAACACCUGGAACAAGCGUGAGGGCGAGCUUAUCGCGGCCAACAAGCUCGAGAGAGACGUCGCCUUGCCGCCCGAAUCGAAGAGCGUGCACGCAGGCGCGGCGGACGCGACGAUCAAGGAGAAAGUUGGCAGGGAAGGUGCUAGGACGAUCCCGGGGCGGCCGGAGCACGGCGGGAACUGUGAUAUCAAGAACUUAAGCAGAGGUUCGAAAGUUUACCUCCCGGUUCACGUCCCCGGCGCGAAGUUCAGCGUCGGAGAUUUGCAUUUCUCCCAGGGCGACGGCGAGAUCUCUUUCUGCGGAGCGAUAGAGAUGGCCGGUGUUAUCACGAUCAACUUCAAAGUCAUUAAGAACGGAGUAGCGGAUCUGGGUCUCAAGUCGCCCAUCUAUCUACCCGGACCCGUAGAGCCACAGUUCGGACCGGGCCGCCAUAUUUACUUUGAAGGCUUUUCGGUGGAUGAGCAUGGUAAACAACACUAUAUGGACGUUGCAGUUGCUUAUAGACAGACAACCCUGCGAUGUAUCGAAUAUCUCCGCCGGUUCGGAUAUGACGACUACCAGAUCUACUUAUUGCUAUCGUCGGCGCCUAUCCAGGGCCAUGUAGCUGGCAUUGUGGACAUACCAAACGCGUGCACUACGUUGGGUUUGCCUGUCGAUAUUUUCGACUUUGACAUUAUGCCCACCGGGCCGGCCAAGGUGUUAGAUAUGGGCAGUUGUGCCUUUGAAACAGGCGUGGCGAAGGGCGAAGUUACUGCUGGAGGUAAGAAUAGCGAGCGAAGCUUUGGUGGAGGAUUAACGUAUAAGACAUCUUGA